AAAUGUCACUUUUCCGAAAGCGCUCGAUGCACUUUUUUUUGAGUGUUUCGUUUUGCAUAACAAAAUAUUUCACCAUCCGUUCCGAUCCAUUCGCAUGUUGGCACAAGAAUAUGUUUCAGAAAUAAAUCGUUUUCGGUCUUUCGCAAUAACGUUUCUGUCAGUGUUCAAGAAAACCCUUUAGUUUGCCCGGCUGCUGCAGGAAGAUGCGUUUGAGGGGGAGUAACUAUUACAUGUUUAUCGGUUCCAUUGUGGGCAUCAUCGGUAUCACCUGUUAUCCGAUCAUCGUGGAACCGAUGAUUAAUCCGGAGCAGUACCGAAAAGUACAGAAGGUCAACAGAAGCAGUGUGAAACAGGAAGAAAUCCAGCCUGGAAACAUGCGAGUAUGGAGCGAUCCCUUCAAACCUCGGGAAGAUCGCCCUGGAUAAAUGAUCUUAACAGGUCGUUAAGAUAUACCUAGCUUAUAAUAGUUUCAUCCAUUGUACCAACCAGGAAUAGAUGUGAGGUGUAAAUUAA